AUGAGCUGGCAAGACAACAAUCAGACGCAUCGAAUCUUGACCGCUGCUGAGAAGGGCGGAUAUGGAGUCCUGGCGGCGAUCGUAUACAAUGUCGAGCAUAUCACGGCAUUUGUCCGAGCCGCAGAGCAGCGACGAUCCCCUUUGAUCAUCCAACUCUUCCCCUCGUCCCUGAAACAGACACCAUCAUUGGUCUUUGCAGCUGCCGCCGCUGCCAAAAGCGCAUCAGUCCCCAUCUCAGUCCACCUUGAUCAUGCGCAAGACUAUGAGCAGAUCAAAUAUGUUGCCGACAAUCUUCCAUUUGACUCCAUUAUGGUCGACAUGAGCCAUUAUGAAAAGGAGGAGAAUCUGGUGAAGACUCGAGUCUUGCGCGAUUAUUGCCAUGCGCGAGGAAUCACCGUGGAAGCGGAGACUGGUCGAAUUGAGGGAGGUGAGGAUGGGAUCAUGGAUACUGGUGAUCUGGAAGGCAUCUUGACCAAUCCAGAAGACGUGGAGGAUUUUAUUGCAGCGGGUGUGGACUUCCUAGCUCCCAGUGUGGGAAACAUUCACGGAGACUACGGGCCUAAGGGUCCUCAAUUGGAUAUGGACCGUCUACAUGGUGUUUUCAAAGCCAUGAAUGGUCGUGUACGACUCGUGCUCCAUGGAACGAAUGAUUUCGAUGCUAGUCUGACCCAAGCAUGCGUCAAGGCCGGAGUGACCAAGGUCAAUGUGAACAAGUUGGUUUUGGAUUGCUGGCAUGACAAUCUGCGGGCGAAUGCUACGCGGCCACUUACAGAGUUGAUGGAUACCGGAAUCGACGUCCUAACAAAGGAGAUAGAGCGCUGGAUGGAUAUCGUGGGAAGCAGUGGCAAGGUUUAA